UAAAUUCUCAGAAACUCAGCAGUAUGGUUUUAAAAUACAUGAGAAAAUAAAUCUUAAAAAACAAAAUAUAUGUGAAAAACUUCCUUUUUUUGAAUAUUAAAUGGCGCUCUCUUUUUCUUUUCACUUUCCUAAUUGUUCAAAGUCCUUCGCCUUUUCGUCCCAAAACCAAGCUUGCCCUCCUCUUCUCAACUCCGACGUCGAAACCAUUUGGUUGAGUCCCGACUCCUGACUCCUGAGUAAGGUGCCUCCACCAUGGACGACAAAGAGAACUCCAUGCGUGUGUCUCGGGCGGCGAAGAGGAAGGCCGCCGCCUCCAUGGCCGAGUCUCAUGUUCCCACCAAGAAACGCGCCGUUCUCGGGGAGCUCCAGAACCUUUCUAACCCUCCCUCCCACCCGAAUCAGAAUCAGAGUUCUGGGGUUGUGCCCCAGAAGCAAAAAUGUGGAACCAAAACCAGAGCCCAGAAAGCAUUGCCCAUGACCAAAACCCUGACGACGUCGAAGCAGGACAAAGAUACCAAGUCCGAUGACCCGCAAAUAUGUGGGCCUUACGUUUCUGAUGUUUAUGCCUAUCUUCACCAGCUGGAGGUGGACCCAAAUAGAAGACCUUUACCUGAUUAUAUUGAGAAGGUUCAGAAGGAUAUUACUCCUAAUAUGAGGGGAAUACUUGUAGACUGGCUGGUGCAUUUUGCUGAAGAAUAUGAGCUUCUUUCUGACACUCUUUACCUCUCCAUCUCCUAUGUCGAUAGAUUCCUUUCUCUGAAUGCUCUCAGUCGAAAAAAGCUUCAGUUACUUGGUGUUUCUUCAAUGCUUAUUGCCUGGAAGUAUGAAGAAAUCAGCCCUCCACAUGUGGAAGAUUUUUGUAAUAUAACAGACAACACAUAUACUAAGAAGGAGGUAUUUACCGAAAAAAAAUAUACUAAGAAGGAGGUAGUGAAGAUGGAAGCUGAUUUACUCAACUCCUUUAAGUUUGAAUUGGGAAAUCCUACUGUCAAGACAUUUCUAAGGAGGUUCACUAGACUUGCUCAAGAGAAUCACAAAAGUCCAAACCUGCAGUUAGAAUUCCUAGGUUCUUACCUUGCAGAGCUAAGUUUGUUAGACUAUAACUGUAUCAAAUUCCUACCUUCUCUGGUUGCGGCAUCAGUCAUCUUUCUUGCAAGAUUUAUGACUAGGCCAAAAAUACAUCCAUGGACAUCUCUGCUGCAACAGUAUUCAAGAUACAGACCAGCUGAUUUAAGGGAGUGCAUUCUUAUUAUUCACGACUUACAUCUAAGUAGAAGAGGAGGGUCUUUGCAAGCUGUCAGAGAGAAAUACAAACAGCAUAAGUUCAAAUGUGUGGCAACUAUGCCUUCUCCUCCAGAGAUACCAGCUUAUUAUUUUGAAGAUUUUAGAGAAUGAUCGGUCACAUUCUGAUUUUGGUUCUCAAGAAUGGGUUGGGAUUACUAACUUAGCUGCUUCUCAUUUGGAAUGUAAAGUCUUCCGAGAGCGUACAAGCUUUUCUUUUAUCUUUUUGGCUGUAAAGCUUGUUAUUAUGUCAAUGUUAUUUUUAGACACGCGUAAAGUAUUAACAGGAAUUGCACACUAAUUAAAAAUAGGCUCUUAGAUCUUCCUAGGAACUUCUUUGCCUUGUAAUCCUUGUUUCUUUUCUUCCGGUUUUGGCCUCCUAUGCAGGCACCAAUCCAUUUUGAAGUCAUUUACCAAAAACGAAAGGAAAAAACCGUUUUGGAGUC